AUGUCGGCCUACUUCUUCCAUAUCAAGCUUGAGCUGUAUCCUUCGACACGCCCAUCAGCUUCGUCGCAAGCUGCUCCAACCAACCUCUUCCGCCCAGAUUCGACGACAGACAUAUUCAAAUCUACGUUUCCCGCACAUCGAACCUCGAAGACCACUUCCCAUACGUUGUCAGCCCGACACUCGCCGAGAAGCUCGCUGGACAAUCGCCCUACUGCUGCGAGUCGUCCAGCCUCCGCCCACGGCGAUGCGCUCCUGUUACCUGAGAGGAACAUUGCCCUGAAAGAGCCUGCUUCACCUACUAUACCACCAAAGAAAGCCUCGAGCGAGAUUGCCACCAGAGAUUGGCGGUACGGCCCUGUCACCAUCGAAAGCAUCGACAUGGAGCCCACCUCUACCAAGCUGCCUUCGACUGGUCUACACACCAAGGCGGCAUAUGUGCCAUCGGCUGCCAAAGCAACUGAUGUAGGCUGGGGUGUCGUACAUCUGUACAGGGAUUCUCAAGAGACGGCAGCAUUGGACCAUAAGCAUAUUAAAGACCAUGUCGACUUCGACCCUCAACAGUGCAGUACUUUGUGCAUUCUAGCGGUGCCGUCAUGGAUGAUGCCUUCAGAUCUGCUGGGAUUUGUUGGAGACCAGGCAAGAGAAGAUGUCAGCCACUUCAGGUUGAUUAGGACUGGCCGUGCCAACAAAUACAUGGCUCUCAUGAAGUUCAGACAGCCAAAGAAAGCUAGAGAAUGGCAGAAAUUGUGGAACGGAAAGCUCUUCAGCGCUAUGGAGCCCGAAAACUGCCAUGUCGUCUUCAUCAAGUCUGUCGAGUUUUUAACUCCCGACUCAGAUACAUCUGACCCCGCCGCUUUCCCUCAAAACACUCAGGACCCAUUCACCACAUCUUCUAACUCUCUGUCCGCCAAGCCACAUGCACCGCCGACGCCAUCGCUUGUCGAGCUUCCUACAUGUCCGGUGUGUCUCGAGCGCAUGGAUGAGACCACCGGUCUUUUGACCAUCCUAUGUCAACAUGUAUUUCACUGCGCCUGUCUUGAGAAGUGGCGCGGGUCGGGCUGUCCUGUGUGUCGUUACACGCAGUCACCCUCCUUCACCUUCCCCUAUCCCCGACCUAGCCAUUCUGACGCACAGACCGAAGUCGAACCUGCUUGUACUGUCUGCGCGACCACUACCAAUCUCUGGAUCUGCUUGAUUUGCGGAAACACAGGCUGUGGUCGCUAUGAUUCAGCACACGCCUUUGCACAUUGGGAAGCCACAAGCCACUGCUAUGCCAUGGACAUCAACUCACAGCAUGUCUGGGACUACGCUGGCGAUGGCUAUGUUCAUCGCUUAAUUCAGAACAAACCUGACAGCAAAUUAAUUGAUCUGCCUGCUCGCCACCAUCCUAACGCCGCCUUCCGUGCCGAAGCCGAUGACCAUGUGCCGCGAGAGAAGAUGGAGAACAUGGCUAACGAGUACACUUACCUCCUGACUAGUCAGUUGGACAGCCAGCGCCGUUACUACGAGGGCCAGCUCGAGCGUGCUGUUGACAAGGCCAGCACCGCUUCGGCCAAAGCUGAGGAUGCUGCUAGAGCAUGCAGCGCGCUCGCUGAAGAGAUGGCCGUCCUGCGCGCACAGAACCAAGAGUAUGCCUCUAGUGUUACUCGUAUGGAGAAGAGUGUCGAAAAGGCCACAACUCGCGCCGAGAAGUUUGAGAAGAUGGCUCGCGACAUGUCUACUCAGCUACGUGAGGAGAAAACAAUGAACGAGGGCUUGCUUCAGCGCAUUCACGCCGCCGAAGCAAAGGCCAAAGAGAGUCAACAAGAGACCGAAAAGUUGAGGUUUGAGAAGGCAGACCUAGAGGAGAUGAACCACGACCUGACUAUGUUCAUCAGUAGUCAGGAGAAAGUCAAGGAGUUGCAAGCUCAAGGCGAGGAAGUAGUCGAAGGAUCGGCUUUUGCUCCCGAGCAGCAACAACCGCAAGGCAAGAGGAAGGGCAGGGGAAAGAAAAAGUAG